AUGGUUUUCUCAUUUAGCUGCGGAUCUCCCAAUAUUGACACCUGUCACGAGCGUCCUACCGAGCUGAUCCCACGAACAUUUCUUUCUCCGAAGCUGAUGAUUCCACCGGCGGACUUCGUGAACCAGGGCGUGCUGGGCAGCCCUCAAGACCGAACGCCCUCUGGCGGACAGAUGCUCAACAACCCGCUCCUCAACCUGAACAACACAGGGAGAACCAACUUCACGAACAAACAGCUCACGGAACUAGAGAAAGAGUUCCACUUCAACAAAUACCUCACGAGAGCGAGAAGAAUAGAGAUAGCGUCCGCCCUUCAGCUGAAUGAGACCCAGGUCAAGAUAUGGUUCCAGAACAGACGGAUGAAACAGAAGAAGAGGAUUAAAGAGGGACUGAUCGUUGCUCCAGACGUGACUCCCUCCACCUCACACACACACACACUCGGCUCCAAUGAGAACAGUCGGGAAUCCAGCUAA